CUCUCUCUCUCUCUCUCUCUCUCUCUCUGUGUCUGUCUCUCUCUCUCUCUGUGUCUGUCUCUCUCUCUCUCUGUGUCUGUCUCUCUCUCUCUCUGUGUCUGUCUCUCUCUCUCUCUCUCUCUCUAUGUGUCUGUCUCUCUCUCUCUCCCUCUGUUGCUCUCUCUCUUCUCUCUGUCUCUCUCUCCUUCCUCCCUCUCUGUCUCUCUCUCCUUCCUCCCUCUCUGUCUCUCUCAUCCCUUCCUCUCUUUGUCUCUCUCAUCCCUUCCUCUCUUUGUCUCUCUCCUCUCUCUGUCUCUCUCUCUCCUCCCUCCCUCUCUCUCUGUCUCUCUCUCCUCUCUCGCUCUCUCUGUCUCUCUCCUCCCUCUCUCUGUCUCUCUCCUCUGUCUCUCCUCCCCCCCUCCCUCCCUCUCUCUGUCUCUCUCUUUAAAGUGGCAGGGUUAUCUUUCUCUUCCCCAGCUAGCCAUCAGAAUGGUCACACCUGCUCUCCGCCUCUCCCUCUCCACUCUAUUCCUCCUCCUUUCUCUCACUCAAAGGAUCUCUCACUCAUAGAUCACACUUCUAUCUAUCACUCUCCUUGUCUCUUUGUUCCUCGGUAGUUUUGUUCCUCGGUGGGCAUCUUUUGGUGCAUUGUCAACUGUUCAAGUAGGAUGUAUAACAACAGGCAAGAGAAUCCCAGGUGAUUUGAGGGGUAUAGCAAGAGAAUCCCAGGUGAUUUGAGGGGUAUAGCAAGAGAAUCAAAUGUCAUUUUAUGGAAACAGGGCCAUACAACUAAUGGGCCUUGAACAAAUCGUAUAUACAUAAAUUACAGAUGACCUUAUAAGAAACAGUACAGGUACCUGCAUUAGCGUGACCUUUCACCUUUAACCCUGCUGUCAUGGAAGACGCGAUGUUGGUGCGUACGGACGGGAAUUCUCUGCUCAAGGCAGUGUUCCUGAGCCGACUGCGUCUGACACGCCUGCUGCUGGAGGGAGGUGCUUACAUCAACGAGAGCAACGAGCGCGGCGAGACGCCCCUGAUGGUGGCGUGCAGGACGCGCCACACGGACGCACAAAGCGUGCCCAAACACAAGAUGGUUCGGUAUCUGCUGGAGAGCGGAGCUGACCCAAAUAUCCAGGACAAGACCGGUAAGACGGCCUUGAUGCAUGCCUGUUUGGAACAGGCGGGGGCAGAGGUCCUCUCUCUACUGCUGGGGAGUGGAGCUGACCCCAGCCUGGACGACCACUCUGGCUUCUCUGCACUGGUCUAUGCCGUCAACGCAGGGGACAACGAGGCCCUGAGAGUCCUACUGGAUGCCUGCAAGGCCAAGGGCAAGGAGGUCAUCAUCAUCACCACGGACAAGCUGCCGUCAGGACGCCAGAUGACCAAGCAGUACCUGAACGUACCCCCGCCUCCCGACCUGGAGGAGCGCCUGCAUUUCACCCCUGGCUCCGCAGCCUGCCUCAUGUCCCCCUCAGAGAUCCAGCUCCGCACCCCUCCACAGGGCACCUCAGCCACUGCCUCACCCCAGCCAGGGAGCCCCCUCCUGGGCCUCAGGGAGCACCACCACCAGGGUGGUGGAACAAACAUCUCUGGUUCUGCUGGUUCUGGUUCUUCUCAGCCGGGCUCCCCGACCAGGGACCCUAACCUGUUUCGAGGCCCCGGUCCUGGGGUGGUGAAGCUGUUCCAUCCCCAGCGGCUCCACUCUGAGCCCUGGCUGCAGCAGAACAAGGCCUCCAGCCUGACCGAGGAGCUGCUGGACAUCACCCCAGAGGAAGAGCUCUCCUUCCGGGUCAACAGCCUGGUCCUCUCUGGGUCCGGAAGGGUGGGGCCCGGGGCACAUCCGAUCGUCGCCCGCCACCAAAGUAUCGACCCCAAGGAUGCCACGGGGCUGCUGGAGCAGGUGGUUGAGAGUGACGGAGGUGGCGGGGUAGGAGGAAGAGGAGGCCUUAGUAGGAAGAUGUCUUACGACAGUGCUGCAGCUUAUUCCCACCCAAACCUCCUGCACCGGGGGGACGGAGGAAGCUAUGGAGGCUACCCCUGUGGCACCCAUGAGCCUGUCCUCCCCGUAAACAAAACCUCUCCAGACGGUUGCCUUCCCAACCUGGCUGUGUCCAGCCUGAGGAAUGUGGUUCGCCGCCGCAACAUUGGCAUAGACCAUUACAGCUCUGACUCCCAGCUUCCCCAGUUUGGCAGCCACAGCAGCCACCCAGAGAAUGGAGACUCCUCCAGGGGUGUUGUAGGGGGAACUGAGAAGCGUAAACUGGUCAGUAGUAGAUCCUCCACACUGUCGGGCUCCCGGGAGUCCCUGGAGAGUGCUGCCCAGAGAAGAGGUCCUGCAAACCUGGAGAGGAGAGGCUCGGGGGCCCUGCUCCUGGAUCACAUCUCCCACACCCGUCCGGGGUACCUGCCCCCUCUCAACCCCCACGCACCCAUACCCGACAUCGGGGUCAGCCCCACCUCAACCUGCCCCAGCCUGAGUGGAAGCACCAAGGCACUGAAUCUGAACGGGGGUGUUGCAGGGCUGGGAUCAAAGCCUCUUGUCCCCUGUGCUCCUGCCACCCCCAGAGAUAUGAAGUCAAAGCAGACACUGCUGAGGAGACACUCCAUGCAGACAGAGCAGAUUAAACAGCUGUUCAACCUCCAGGAGAUAAUCCAUGCAGACAGAGCAGAUUAA